AUGGACGGGAACAACUUCUGUCUCCCUUGCUUCGAACGUGGCGUCUUAUGCCAGUCGCACCCAAAAAUUGGACCGAAUGGCCCAACGCCGCCCCGUUCCGCGGCAGCAUCGACAACGGGCGAUACCGAAACGCCCAGUAGCCCGGCAACGAGCCGCGAUAUCCGCCGCAGGCCUGAUCUGAGCUGCCGGCAGUGUCAAAAAUGCAAGCUUAGGUGUGACCAAAAGCAGCCUUGCGGCGGGUGUGUUCGUGCAGGUGUACGUUGUCGAAGUGCCCCGUCUGCCCCACCUCAGAUAUCCAAGAGAGAUCGUCUCAAAGUGCUACAAUCAAGAAUCGGUCAGUCAACAACUUCUUUUCUGCAGUAUUCAAAGGGCUCGAUGUAUUGGAAUAUCCCGAUCCAGACACCCGCACCAGUAGACUUCACCCCACUGUCUCUCAUCGCUGAGGAUACCUUCCAAUUUUCGGACGCAAUCCCGACUACCAUGAUUCAGGGGCCUUCAGACUCGGCCUUUCGAGGAAUAGAGCCGUUGAUGAGGGCUGAUCUCGAUCAACUCUACUUCGACCGAGUUCACUCAUUCACACCUUUCUUACACCAAUCGUCGUACGUUCGCAAGUCGAAGGAACUCGAGAAAAGGCCACCGCCAAACGACCGUUCUGCGUCAGACGGGAUAAAGCUUUCACAUACAUGUUUACAGUAUGCAAUGUGGGCAAUGGCGUCUUCACUUUCGUCACAGUUCCAACACUUACGCGACAACAUGUAUCGCGAAGCACUCGAACGGCUCAGGAAUCUGGACUAUCUUGACAGUCCAGUGGAGAAAGAAGAGGGUCUAUUGAAACAGGCUCAGGCGUGGAUUCUCAUAUCAAUGUAUGAAUUGAUGCAAGUUGGUUUCCAUCGUGCAUGGGUGAGCACAGGGCGAGCAAUACGCUUCGUACAGCUCAUGCGUCUAGGAAGUAUUGAUGCAGGCUGCGACAAAGCCUCAAGAUUAAGUGAAGAUGCAGAUUUGUUUGUUAAGAAUGAGGAGAAGAGAAGGACUUUCUGGAUGGCAUUAUGUUUGGACACUAUCAUUUGCUUGGUUCAUGAUCUGCCUCGGACGUUCACUAAAUCUGAGAUCAAUGCUCGGCUUCCCUGCUCUGAAGACGCAUUUCAAAGUCGAGCACCAACUGUCUCUCCCUUUCUCUCAGAAGCAAUGGAGUUACAGACACUGGCAACGCGAUCUCCUUUCAUGGAGUUUAUUCUAUCCAUCUCAUUUUCGGGACAAAUACAAGCUCAUAAGAAUCGAUCAAAAGCUCGGCAUGAGUCUGCUCAAUCUUGGGAGCGCCAAAUCUUUCUGGACACAGUUCUCGCGCGUCAGAUUUCCCGUCUGCAGAGCCUCCCCGUAUCUCAUCGAACCGGUUCUAUGACGUUGCUUGUUAAGAUCAUUUCUCAGGUGGCUUCAUUAUCGCUGUUUGACGUAGCCGCGACAACACCGGAUACCACUGCAGAGUACGAUCAUCUCGUCGUCGGCUGUGAGGAACGAGCUCUAGCCGCAGCUAGAGAGAUCACGCGCCUAUCAAAUAUUUUACUUUCCGACUUCAACCUUUGUCAGAUUCACCCAUUUACACCAGCGCCCCUUUAUCUAUGCCGAGAAGCCCUGCUCAGGUUUCGAUCACGUGGUAUGGCGUUGGAAGAUGACAUCAAGACUAUGGAUGAAGCGUUGGGAGAGUUGAAGACUGUAAAUGGACUUUGCCAAGGUAUCUCAAAGCCAGAACUGCCUCAAUUUGGAUAUGAGGAUGCCUUGGCGACGCCUGACUCCAUCAUGGAUCUGUUGAUUGAAGAACAUAGUAUGGGAGACCAAAUAAUGCUGGGAUGA